AUGAUGGCGCUCAUCUCACGGCUCGAAAUGAUCAUCUGUCGCGUUCUCUACAUUCCCGACAAUAACGACCCGCCCACGACGCGCAGUAUCGCCGUGUCGGCGCCGUCAUUGACGCAAUACUCGUCUAAUGUCUACUACCAAGAAGAGCAACUUAUUGAGGGCGUGACGAUCAUGGGUGAAGCGCGAUAUUUCAAAUUAGUGAACGACGGCAAGGACCCGAUGCAGGACCGCGAUAUGGUGCUGGUACUGCGCGACUCAUCGGUCAAGACGCGGCUGCCUGUGGUGGAAAGCUCCUUCUUCGCUGGUCUGCUGCCGAUGUUGCAGUCGAACAAGCCAGAAGAACCUCGUGCGAUUGAGAUCAUUGGCGGCAGCGACCAGCAUCCACACGCGCAGCUUCCAUUGAUCUAUCCAGGCUCACUGCGACUGGGCCAGUAUACGAUACUGCAGCUGGAGAAAGAUCCUUUGGAAGACAAGUGGUGCGUCGCAGCAGUCAUCUCCCAUCAGCUAGAGAAAGAAGAUGACGAGGAUGUCGACACCUCAUACUAA